GUAACGCAAUAGAAACCAAUAUAAUGCCACUAAACAAGUUUCUUUUUCUUCUUUUUCAGAAAGAAACGUCAAUGUGGCAUCACUAGAGCAAGAGGAAGAUCGGUUAUCUAAACUUGUUAUAAAUGACGAUAAGUAACUUGUACCCCGGGCUAUUCAAGCCCCGUCGUGCUUGUGGUCUGUGUGCUAUAGUGGUUUGAUGCAAAAUGUUGCAGGACGUGGUGAUUACAAAGCUCUUCUUACCAGAGAGACGAGGGAACCUCUUAUUGACAAACAUACAACAAGAGCCAACUUCGGAAGGCUCCCCCUCGCAAAGUUUAUCCGUCCCAGUUACAGAAAUUUCUGAGCCUACUCAAUCUAAUAGUCAAACUCGACUUACAAGAUCGCAAAGCGUCACCUGUUCACCACCUUACUUUACUUCAUCUGAACAUAUAACCCUCCCAGGGAAUACUUUCUACACUAGGUCAAGAGUCUCUCAGCAACCGAUUUCUAGGACGCUUAGUGGGCAUGUGAACGAGUCUAAUGGACUUGUUACAGGAAGUUCUCUACCUGCUGUGACCAGUGUCAAUGAUUCCACUCCCCUCAUCGUACCCAGUACAAUUCCUCCACGUACACCCCAUGAUUUGGCAACCUCUUCAGCUGCCAAUAGGAUUGAUGAACAAAUUAUGAAUUCUGAUUCUACUAAUGAUAAUCUCCUAUGGGGUCGUAUCUCUCGAAACUCAUCGGGAGAUUUACGAUUUCCCGGCAUAAAUUGCACUUUUAAAAGUGCUAAUUCAGUCUUGAGGCAAAUUUAUCAAUCGGCUAUGGCUCAAGACAGUUUGACUUUACAGUUACCGGCAUCCGCGAUUCAAUGUGAAAAUGAGGCAAAUAUUCGUUUAGAAAACUCACUACCAAAUUCGCUACUUAAUUCAAUUUCAAGAAAAGUGAGUGAAUAAAAUAAUUCUGGGCGUUCCACUGUUUUUCCCUUGAAAAGAACUGAUUAAUCUGAUGGCGAAACGUCCGUGAUUAAAUGUGUGAUCUUAGAAAACAUACCAGUGAGGAGGAUGUAGUUGACUAACCUAAGCAAUUGACUUCCAACCAAUUGGGUGCCAGGCUCGACUCCUGUUCCACGGUUAUCAUUAGCCCUGUCACACACGAUAAGUGUAUCUCUUAGUGUGUUGCACAACAAUAAUAAUAAGAAGAAUCGAGAAACCAUACCGUUUCCAAGCUAGAAAUCUCUACUUUUCGAAAAUAUGUACUAUACCGUUAAAUGCUAGGAUUGCACAGCAUUCUGACCAGCUUCCAAAAUUAGUGUUGCGCCCCACUAGUUUACUUAAUUUCGCGCAGUCCACAUGGUUUCUUUGGCGUUUAA